AUGACCAAUUCAUUCUCCAGUAUUAUUAAAUCGAGACUAGAAGACGGCAGAUGGGCUGCCCAAAUCGGCGAGACAUCGAGUACUACAGAGACCUUAAGCAAGAGUGUUUCUUCUCGUCAAAAACCAUUUCUAAUUUGUCCGACGACAGCGACUCUGAACAAUAGAGCACCGAAUAAGCACUCACCAGAGUAUUACAUGCUGCAGCUUGCUAGCUUUGAUGAGACUGACUACAAGGAGGACUAUGGGGAAUUUUUAAGAAUAAUAUUAUACCAGAUCAAAGAAAUAUUAGAUAAGUUUUUAGAGGGUGCAUAG